ACUGGAAACAGCAAAAUGGAUGGCAGCCUUCAUUUUGGGAGCAGCAGGAGCUGCCGUGCAGUCUUUCCCUGGUUUGGCUUGGACAUCGGAGGGACCUUGGUCAAACUGGUUUAUUUUGAACCCAAAGACAUCACGGCCGAAGAGGAAGAGGAAGAAGUGGAAAACCUCAAAAGCAUCCGCAAAUACCUGACAUCAAACGUAGCCUAUGGCUCCACAGGCAUUCGGGAUGUGCACCUUGAGCUCAAGGACCUUACCCUGUGUGGACGUAAAGGCAAUCUGCACUUUAUACGCUUUCCUACUCAUGACAUGCCUGCUUUUAUCCAAAUGGGAAGCGAAAAGCACUUCUCGAGCCUCCAUACUACCUUAUGUGCCACGGGAGGUGGAGCGUACAAAUUUGAGCAGGACUUUCGCACAAUGGGUGACCUUGAGCUUUGUAAGCUCGAUGAGCUGGAUUGCCUUGUUAAAGGAGUGCUGUACAUCGAUUCCGUGGGCUUCAAUGGACACUCAGAGUGUUACUAUUUUGAGAACCCCACGGAUGCUGAGAGGUGCCAGAAGCUCCCGUUCAACCUGGAGAAUCCCUAUCCUCUCCUUCUGGUGAACAUUGGCUCAGGGGUCAGCAUUUUGGCUGUCUAUUCCAAAGACAACUAUAAACGGGUAACAGGCACCAGCCUUGGAGGGGGAACCUUCUUUGGCCUCUGCUGCCUUCUGACAGGCUGCUCCACGUUUGAGGAGGCCCUGGAGAUGGCAUCCCGCGGGGACAGCACCAAGGUGGACAAACUGGUGAGGGACAUCUAUGGAGGAGACUAUGAACGCUUCGGGCUGCCAGGCUGGGCUGUGGCAUCCAGCUUUGGAAACAUGAUGAGCAAGGAGAAGAGGGAAUCUGUCAGCAAGGAGGACCUGGCCAGGGCCACUUUAAUCACCAUCACCAACAACAUCGGCUCCAUAGCGCGGAUGUGUGCCCUUAAUGAGAACAUCAACCGUGUGGUGUUUGUGGGCAACUUCCUUCGGAUCAACACCAUCUCCAUGAGGCUCCUGGCCUAUGCCCUGGACUACUGGUCAAAGGGACAAUUAAAAGCACUUUUCUUGGAACAUGAGGGUUACUUUGGCUCUGUCGGCGCUCUCCUGGGACUCCUGGACUCAGCCUGACCCCGUGCAGGAUCUCUGUUGGACCUAUGGAUUCAGGGCACUCCCUGGGUCACUGAGCCCAUGGUUCGGGGGUCACUGAGCCCAUGUUUUGUGUGACAGCCCCCACUGAGCCUGUUCCACUGGGGUGGCCUGUGGGGACAGCGUGGGGAUGGAGGUCUCUAAGAGCUGAAAUCCAUCUGGGAUUACAGUGCAGGUUUGUUCCAAAGGAUGUGAUUGGAAUACACUGGCUGGAUGUGGGGGUGUUCGGGAAGGUCUGUGGGGCAUUUCAGUCACGUGGAAUUGCCCUUUUUACUCUGUGUUUAAUGAUGUGACAAAGCAGAGCAGGGGCACUCUGCUCCUUCCAUUGGGAUCCCUUGGAGUGCUGAGUGCCCAGGUCAGUUCUGUGUUUGUAAUCAGAGGUUCUCCAUGUGCUGGAAAAUGGUCUGGGAAGGGGGAAGAGCAUCAGCACAGCCCUGGUGUGUGUAACUAACUCCAUAUGGCCCACUGGAUCCACACUGGGACACAGCUGUGCUGGCAGCCAGGCUUUAUCCCUGUCCCACAUGUCCUUAUCUCCGUCCUAGGGACGGCAGGUCCAGCACAGCACGGAUCUGUGCCUCAGGGUCAGUCCCAUUUCAGCCUCCAGCACUCCUGCACAGUCGUCAGCACCCUUGGGGAUGCUGUCAGGGGUGUCAGUCAGCCUCCAGCCUUGAGAUCUAAAUUUGAGGAUGGAAUAAGGAUAUUCAUUGUUUGUCUGGGGUUUUCUCUCUGUUAGCAAACUCCACCAAAGAGAGACUUCCUUCAGUCACACUUGGAUCUCUGUAAUAUUCCAUGUUACAUUUAUUAAUGGCUACACUCCUGUCAUUUUGGGGGAGUUCUCCCCUUGCCAUGCAUGCUGUACUCCCUUUUCCCUCUGCAUGCUGCCACACAGCCUGCGAGCAGGAUACUGCUGUGGAGCCCCUGUGGAAGUUGCACCCUUGGGAUGGGGUUUGGAGUGGAUCCUGCACGCUCAAUAAACGCUCUGUAAAAGCAA